CCGAGUCUAUCAAUGAUUUACAGACUCAGAUCGUGCAGUCCGUUGAAAUGACUGGUAUCACGCAACAGAUGGACGGACUGUCCCUUCAGGCUCCGCUCAGACCCCUUAGGCUUUUGGUUGUCUAUCUUCACCUAAUACAUUCUUGUAGAGGUCAGUCUCAGUUAAUUGGUCCUUCUCAGCCAAUAGUAGCAACAGUUGGCGAUGACGUCAUUUUACCAUGUAGCCUGGAACCGACAGAGGAUGUUGCUGCCAAGACUUUGGAGUGGACGAGAUCUGACUUGAAUCCUAUAUUUGUCCUUGUGUGGCGUGCUGGUCAGGACUACGCACAAAUUAAACAUCCAUCUUUCAUAGGACGGACAUGGCUGUUUCCUGAUGAGCUGAAACACGGAAACAUUUCACUGAAACUGUCCAAAGUGAAACCUUCUGAUGCGGGGACAUACAAAUGCUACAUUCCAAAGCUGAAUACAGAGUAUUUUGUUGAUCUUGUUGUUGGUGCCGUUUCCUUGCCUGUCAUGAGUUUAGCAGGAAUUGAUGAAGCCACCAGAGGAGUGGUUCUACAGUGUGAGUCUAAAGGCUGGUGUCCAGAGCCUGAGGUGUUGUGGCUGGACGGUGAGGGAAACCUCCUCUCUGCUGGACCUACAGAGACAGUCAGAGGUCCUGAUGAUCUCUAUACUGUCAGCAGCAGAGUGACUGUGGAGAAGAGUCACAGCAACAGCUUCACCUGUAGAGUCCAGCAGAAGGACACCAACCAGACCAGAGAGACAGAAAUCCAUGUUACAGGUAUGAGGAUGUAA